AUUCCUGGCGUUGUAUUUGAGACAACUUGUUUACUCGUGACAUUGCAGGAGCAUACAAGAAAACGACUAAUUUGUUGAUGAGUUGAACUAUUUUCUGAUCUCCAACAAGAACAAACAACGUAUCCGUCUUUUAUUUUAUUAUGUGGGGAACUCACAAGUCAAAGUCUACCAAGAACAAAAAUCCUCUUCCUCUUCCUCUUCCUCUUCAAGUUUAGUUCUUUCUAAAACCCAAUUAUAUACCAGUACCUUGAAAACCUGGACAGACAUGGAGAUCUCAGAAACUGCAGAUAAUAGAGAAGAUGAAGUUCACAGUAGUAUGGCAACGGGGCGACCCCACGAAGCUUUGUUCCUGGCGCUGGCUUACUUUCCUAUCUACGAGCUUCUUGCAAUGAGUGGAGUCUGCAGAUCAUUGAGAGAAGCCGUGAACAAAGACAUCCUCCCAUGGCUAGACAUGGUCGUGGACAGGCCAUUGAGCUCUCGGCUCUCUGAUGGUAUUCUGCUGAAAAUCACUUCCAAGGCAAAUGGUCGGCUCAGAAGUUUGGCCCUCGUAAACUGCUCUAAGAUCACUGAUGCUGGGCUUCUACAGAUCGUCGAGAAAAAUCCACUCAUCGCCAAGCUUCAUGUGCCAGCGUGCACAGGGUUAACCCCAGAAGGCGUUGUGAAAGCAGUGAAGACUGGCCACAAUCUUAUUAGCCUGAAGGUAAAUGGCAUUUACAACAUAAAUAAAGAACAUCUGGAGGCACUUCGCUCAACUCUCGAAUCAAACCGCCGGCAGCUGAUCAGGCAGCAACAAGCCACCGACAUAGACAUAGACAUAUGCCCAAACUGCAACUGCGCGGCGAUGGUGUUGGAGUGCCCGAGUCGUGACAUGUGCGAGAGAAAGAAAAGGGAGCGGGGCCUGCAGAGAGCGUGCAGGGGCUGCUACCAUUGCAUCCCGAGGUGCGUAGAGUGUGGAAUGUGCGUUGAUGAAUGCGAAGCAGAAGACACCGCUUGCGCAGACGCCAUGUGCUCAAACUGCUGGCUUCGGAUUCCCAAAUGCAACUUCUGUAACAAGCCUUACUGUAGCAGACACGCCCACCGCCGGUGCAUAGUUCUGGGAUCUUCUGGAUUUGUAUGUGACGCUUGUAAUCUAAAGUUCCAUACAAGUUGAUAUAUGUACUCAAACCCAUUCCAUCAAGCAAUCUCAAAUAGUGGAAACCUACUUAUAAGUGUCUUUUAUACACUUAUUUUAGUCUAUAAACUUAGCAUUUAUACAUUCAAUAAGCAUGAUUUCUACUUGAUUUGGUUCUA